AUGUUCUUCAAGUCUCUGGACCUGACCACGGCACUGCGCCCUUUGCUAUUACCUGAUGAGACCCUUCUCUUUGUUCAGGAUGCGGUUGGAUUAUACGAGGGGAAAUACAAGAUCCCCAACUACCAAAAUGGCCACGCUUACCUGACCUCCCACCGAGUAUGCUACGUCGCCACCGAGGAUCCACGCAAAUAUUGCGUCGGAAUUGAUUUGAAGGAAAUUGACCGGGCAGAAUACCAGGUUGGAAGCUCUCGUUCCGGGGCUCGUUUUCUAACAUCGUCGCCUAAAGUUACCAUCUAUCCCAAGCCACAGAAUAGCAAGACCGACAAGUCUCGAAGCACAACAUCUAGCCCCGCUAUCUCUCAGCAAUCGACUCUCCAUCCACUCCCCCACACAGGCCCAUCAAAGUCGCCCUCACCAAAGCCAAUCAAUGCGACUUGGAUUUGCCCGAUAUGCACCUUCUCCAAUCCUGUUCCCUCUAACUUUGACCCUGCGACGGCAACGGCUACAACCAAUCUGCCGCCGUGUCUCGCAUGUGGCAUCAAGCCGCCCUUCACAACGGUGUUAAAAGCAGCGAUCACGGCUGCAGCGAGUCGGGAUCCCCCCUUACCCGGUGCUAGCUCAUUGGCGCCAGAGGAGAACACACCUACCGGAAAUGAGAGACGCGGGUCAAAUACUGCAGGGUCGGUAUCCUGCCCUCGUUGCACCUUUGUCAAUCACCCGUCACUGAUCGAGUGUGAGAUAUGUGGGGCACCCUUGAUGCCAAAGGGUGCUGCUUCACUGCUAGAUAGCGGAGGAAACCGUGCAGAUUCACCAGCUCCAUUCUUCCAGCAAGCGCGGUUAGUCAACACAGAAGUGAGCGAGAGCAUUAAAUUAUCGUUCCGGGAUGGUGGCGAAAAGACCUUUCACGAGAGGCUUAAGGAUGCCCUGGUGCAAAGGAAAUGGCUACUCCAGAAUGCUCCCCCGGUGCCUCCCCCGGCGCAGGUCACUUCAUCGCCAGGGGCCCCGGCCGCCAUACUCGAAAGCCCGCAACCUGCAGCUCCCCGUGUGUCGGCUGUAGGUAUCGCAGGUCUUGAGCAACGAGGAUUGGAGGCUCGCAUGAACAACCAGUUGGUGAUUGGCAAUGCGUUUGAGGAUUUGGAGGCAUUGAUGGCGUCAGCUAAGCAAUUUGUUGCACUGGCAGAGACCUUGGCGCGAGAGUCUGGAAUGGCUACGAAUGAAGGCUCCGCGGAGACUAAAGCGGUGUUAUCUGAGUCCGUGGCAGCCCUCGGGAUGGUAACAACCAAGGAUAUGCUAAGUUCGGGCUCCGAGACCCUCUACCUCUCGGAACUAUCACGCAACCUAGCGGAGUAUCUAACGGACGACCGCCAAGGUAUUCUACAGCGGGAAGGGGGGAUCAUGAGCUUGAUCGAUCUUUGGGCGGUAUUCAACCGGUCCAGAAAUGGUGUCGAGCUUGUUAGUCCAUCUGAAUUUCAGCGAGCGGCGCAACUCUGGGAGAAGCUGAAGCUCCCCGUUCGCCUGCGCCGGUUUAAGAGUGGUCUGCUGGUGGUCCAGAGAUAUGACUGGAGCGAUGAUAAGACGGUACGACAAUUACAGGAAUGGAUGGAAGAAUUGCGUCGAAUUCCACCCGAAGAGCCGGUCCCAUGGGACUGGUUGAUCUUCGGUCGGGCCGUGACGGCGCAGGAGACGGCGCAGCGCUUUAAAUGGAGUGUCGGCGUGGCUACCGAGGAAUUAGAGAUGGCAGAGGAUCGAGGCGUCCUCUGUCGAGAGGAAGGCAUCGAGGGGCUCCGGUUCUGGGGCAAUUACAUCGUCAUUCCUAGUGACUAG